GUGAGCGCUCUGAGGAUCUAGUGAGAGACAACUUGUGCCUACUUUUUUUUAAUUCAGUGAACUGUGCUAAAACGGGAUUUAAAUCAUAAGGAAGGACUCAAAUUAAGGUUACAGCAAUUUUCAGAGUUUAUUUAUUAAGCUGAAAUUUUUUUUUACGAGGAAAAUGCAUUUCUAUAAGUUAAUAUGACAUCAUAACCAGCACUUCCAUUAAUUUAUUUUAGUUAGCAAUUUUUCUUUGGCAAAUAUUUAAUUCACAUUAAUGAAUGUUAAUGCUUUUUCUGUAUUCUGGUAUAAUAAUAUUUACCUGAUAUACAGCUCAUAGAAUUACAGACUUGGAUAUACAAACUUUGAUUUUCAGUUAUUCAGUGAUUUUCCUUCCAAUAAUUGUUUUUAAUAUGAGGCACUUGAAAUUUGUGCUCGUGUUGGCUAUCGCAGUCAACGUGUGGGAAUGUGGGGAUGCGAAAUUUGGCGAAAAGGGAGAGAGCAGUCCGAGGAGAAGGAGAUGUUACGACGGGAGCAUGCCCAAGCGACUGAAGAAAAGGGAUAGGAAACUGUCAGUCGACGGCGGUGCGAGCAGCGGGGAAGUUUGUCACAGGUUGUACCCUCGUGUGUCCUGCUGCCCCACCAGGCGUGCUGCUUAUCAAAUAGUCCACCGGAGGGACGCCAGGAUCUUCUCCACCAAUAACACAGAGUGCAGCCGUCUCCUGGAGGAGAUCAAGUGUGCGCGUUGUUCACCCAACGCCCAGGUGCUGUUCCACUCCGCAGAGUCAGACAAAGUCCCCCUCAGGGAGCCCCACCUGCCACGUCUCUGCCAGGACUACUGCAGAGAGUUUUACUACACCUGCCGCGGACACAUACCUGAGCUGUUCCAGGCCGACGUGGAUGAAUUCUGCCAGUAUUACGGCAAGAGGGACGGAGGCUUGUGCUUCCCCGAUUUUCAGCGAAAACAAACGCGGGGGCAAGACUCCAACUACCUGGGUGAUGAGAACGUCGAAGACAUAAACAGGAAACACAAGCACAACUGCUACUGUGCCCAGGAGGUGUUGAGUGGCCUGAGGCAGCCGGUGGCUGUGGUCCACUGUGGGGACGGAUCCCAGCGUCUCUUUGUCCUGGAGAGGGAAGGUUUUGUCCGGGUGCUCACCCACAACAUGGAGCUGCUGAAAGAGCCCUUCCUGGACAUCCACAAGAUGGUGCAGAGUGGACUCAAGGGGGGAGAUGAAAGGGGCCUGCUGAGCCUGGCGUUCCACCCCAAUUACAAGAAGAACGGCAAGCUGUAUGUCUCCUACACCACCAACCAGGAGCGAUGGGCCAUCGGGCCCCAUGACCACAUCCUGCGCGUGGUGGAGUACACCGUCUCCAGGAAAAACCCCAACAUGGUGGAAAGUCGGACCACGCGCGUGCUGAUGGAGGUGGCCGAGCUCCACAGGAAGCACCUGGGGGGUCAACUGCUGUUUGGCCCGGACGGCCUGCUACACAUCGUCCUGGGAGACGGCAUGAUCACCUUGGACGACAUGGAGGAGAUGGACGGACUAAGUGAUUUCACAGGGUCCGUUCUGAGGGUGGACGUGGACACAGACUGCUGCGCGGCCCCUUACUCCAUCCCCAGGAACAACCCCUACUUCAACAGCACCAACCAGCCGCCGGAGAUCUUCGCACACGGGCUGCACGACCCAGGCAGGUGUGCAGUGGACCGAGAUUCGACAGACAUCAAUGGGAGCCUCUCGUUGCUGUGCACCGAUGCCAGCGGGAAGAACUCGUCCGCCGGGAGAAUACUGGAGAUCACCAAAGGGAAAGACUACGAAAAUGAGGCAUCCAUCUUUGAUUUGGCGGCUAGUGGAGGAGCCGCCCCCGUAGGAGGUUUCGUCUACAGAGGAUGUCAGUCCAGAAGACUUUACGGGAGCUAUGUUUUCGGAGACAAGAACGGGAACCUGCGGAUCCUCCAGAAGAGCACAGCAGCGAUGCGGGGCCACUGGCAGGAGAAGUCUUUGUGCCUGGGGACCAGCAGCUUCUGCGGGUCUGCACUGGUGGGACACAUCCUAGGUUUCGGAGAGGAUGAACUAGGUGAAGUGUACAUCCUCGCCAGCAGUAAAAGUAUGGCUCAGUCACACAGUGGGAAACUCUACAAGCUGGUCGACCCUAAACGGCCGGUGGUCCCGAAGGAGUGUCAGAGGCAGGCGGAAGCCCCGGAGCUCCUGGGCACGGCGUGCUCGUGGCAGUGUAAGAACGGACACUGCACGCCCACGGGGACGUGUUGCUGCAGCGCUGGCUGGGAGGGCCCGUUCUGCAGAGUGGCUAAAUGCGAGCCGGCCUGUCGGAGCGGCGGCGUGUGUGUGGAGCCCAACGCGUGUCUGUGCAAGAGCGGCUACUCGGGCGCCGAGUGCGAGAAGGGCGAGCGUGGCAUGCCGAGCGACCAGGAGAAGGACGGCAUCCUGGACCACAUCAUAGACAUGACCUCCUACCUGCUGGAUCUCACCAGCUACAUCGUAUAGGGGCACGAGGAGGGGGUCACCAACUGCCCCCCCACGCCCCUCCCCCCCGCCUUCCCCAACUGAAUUACCGGCAGUCUCCGAGGGGAAGCCCGAACUGGACCUUCUUGAUUCACACACCCCAAACACACACACACACACACACAACCUGGUUUGGACAUACCGCCCACUCCCCAGACUGGUGAUCAUCCUGCCCAUGAGCUACGCGCUGCUGUCUGAACAGUAGGCUACGGGCACCUUCCGGUUCAGCCAUCCCUCCACUGACCCACACACAGACAGGAGGACGUUCCUCUCGUUCUAAUUCUCCCCCGUUCUGGAAAUCCCGUGCAGAUGACUUGGUCUCAGCGCUGCCCCCCCACCCCCUACAGAUGGAAGACCUCCUUCACAUUUCUGUCCAUACACACACACACACACACACACACACACACAAACGGCAACAGUUUCGACUGAAGCCUUACGGAGAGUGAAGGGGAGCAGGCUGAGCUGUGGCACAGAGAGAGGCAUGAGGAGGAGUGGAAACGUGGCGUUGGUUAGCCCCCAGGAUUGGAGGGUGGAGACACCAAUAACGAGUGUUAACUUUGGGUGCCCUUCCAUCCGACAAAAGACAGAACAGUCUUCACCUGUCUGUUACAUAAACACGCUGUCUCUUCAGCAUCAGUAAUGUGAUCAUACUGCUAAAGACUGUCGAGAUUUUGUAAUGUGCUGUGUAUAGAAACCCCAUAGAGACUCCUGUACUAUUUCUUGUAAUAUGAAAGACAUAUCAACCAAUAAUGUCCCAGUAAUAAUGUAGAAAUGUUGUCCCACUCUGCUUGUUGGGUGUAUCAUAAUGCAGCGGUGUAGAUACUUUUGUUUUUCAACGCUCACUUUACAUGCUACCAAUGUACAAAAUGUCCCGCUGAAGAAUGUGUCUUUGGCAUUGAGACCAGCAGCCCAAAUUUCUCUUUUCCAUUUGAAUGUUUUUGACCAAUCACAUCUUUUUCCCAGCUGUUAGACCUCAUUUAUUCAGACAUUUAUCGACAAGGUCAGAGAUGGGCUGCCUGUCCACGUGCUGCAUUAGGACUCAACAAGUAUCUCCCGAUCUAUUGGGCUCUGUGCCCUCUGUGCCCCAAAUGGCACCCUAUUCACCGGUGGCAGAGGUAGUGGGCAUCAUUUGGAACACGGCCCGAUGACACUGAUAGGAUCGCUCUCAUCGCUUCUGCUGUCCUGGCAGUGUCAAAGACAGUUCCGGACAUUUGUAAUGGAGUCCCCGGCUCCGUGCACUGUAAUGUUGUGGGGAUUUUGUGUUGUGCAGACGAAUAAGGCGGGACCAGUAUGCCCAAAACACUGAUGACCUACACACACACACAC